GCUGGGUGUCUUUCCCCGUGAAGCUCCAGAAAUUUAUGACAAAAUUAUCCUGCCAGCCGUUCGUCGCCACUACAGACAGAAAGUCAGAGUGUCUGAUGGUCGGUAUGGGGCGUUUAUUGGUUUAUUUUUUAUUUUUUGUAAAAUAUAAGUGGUGUGUUUUUCCCGUUUCGACUUAUAUUGUAUGUUUCAAAGGAAUGUGUUUUUCUUUUGAGUGACAUCCGUCCGUGUGCACUGCAGUGGUGCGCACAGGCCAGGAGGGAACACCUGUGUGCCUUCUCUUCUAUUCUCCUGUGCUCCCAUUCGGAGUGUUGAGCAGAGUCGAUAACCCAGAGGCACGGCGUCUGUCUUCAUUUGUGUGAAAGAAGGGGAGCCUGAAAGCAUGCAUGGAGUGACCAUCCCUCUUUGACAAAAGCUGAAAUGUUAGGGUUGAAGACCAAGGGUGUCAUCUUAAAUCAGCGGACUAGUUACGUUCAUGGCAGGGGUAGUAAGGUGUGGUUGACACAAGAUUCUUUGCGUGGUUUGAUACUAGUUCAAAACUCAGUUCAGAAAAAGACUUAAAUUUUCCAAGCAUCUCCCCUUUUCAGUGAGAUUCAGCCUAUUUAGAGUCAAGCCCAGAUGGAGUGGUCACUAGAGAGUGUGAGGGAGAUGGUUGCUGGUGGGAUUCAGUCUGUAAGAGAGUGUGAGGUUUGUGCUUGUACUACAGUGGUGUGUCUCCUGCUGUUGUUUUUGUGGUACUGCUACAGGGUUGGCCGUGAUCAUAGCUCUACUCCAUUGCGGGGAAGGUAUCUGACUGGGCCCGGCAGGAUCAGAGGGGUGGUGGGGGGCUUCAUUGGCUCAGACUGCCGUAAUAGGAGCAAAGGGAAACCUGGGUCAAUGUUAGAGGAGCAGAAUGGCUUCGCUUUCUGCCAGUCGUCCGACUGUUUCCGCUGCACCAGUGCUGGUGAAAGUCUGAACCAGAGGCUCUAUCACAGCUUGCAGGAAUAUGCCAAACGCUACACCUGGUCAGGUAUGGGGAGAGUGCACAAAGGAGUUCGUGACCAAGGCCGAUACCUUAAUAGCCGACCAACCAUCCAGCGGCCUGAAGUCUUUUUCCUCCCUGACCUUCCGUCGGCUCCUUUCUUCUCUCGGGAAAUUCAAAGACAUGAUGUGGAACUCCUCGAGCAGAGCUUCCCCGCCCUUCUGGCUGAAUUUGAGAGCAUUUACAAUCAACCCCCAGCCUGCAACGACUCCCCACUGCCACCGGGAUGGAAAGCCAACAACACACCCCGUGGCCAAUGGUGGACCUACUACUUGGUCAACCAAGGCACCCCUCUGGUCCUUAAUGUCAGGAGGUGUCCACGGGCAUGGAGGGUCCUAGGCCAGUUGCGCACCUUCAUUACCAACAACGUGUUCGGAAAUGCCUGCUUCUCUGUGCUCUCACCAGGAGCUCUCAUCACUGAACACUAUGGUCCAACAAACGUGAGGCUGCGCUGCCACCUGGGUCUCCGAGUGCCCCCUUCCUGUGAGCUUGUAGUUGGUGGAGAGCCACAGUGCUGGUCUGAGGGCAGCUGUCUGCUUUUUGAUGACUCUUUCCUUCACAGGGCCUUCCACGAUGGGGUUGCAGAGGACGGCCUUAGAGUGGUCUUCAUGGUGGACCUCUGGCACCCAAAUGUGGCCGCCGCCGAGAGACAGGCCUUAGACUACAUUUUCACUCCAGCUCGCUUAGAGGAGAAGGAAGGCAAAUAGGUGGACAUACGGUAUGUGAGGAAUCGUGUUUAAGCAGAAGGUAGAGGAUGUGAGUGUGUACUGGAGUAGAAAUGUUUCUCUCUGCUUUCAAGACCAGCUCUCAUAUUUACUCCGUGCUUCAUUUUGUUUUUCCUGUCCCUCAGAUCUUAACUGAGAAGCUAGACAACUAUUGUCCCUAUGUCUGAAUUAAACACAACCACUUUAAACAGCAGAUUUUGAUAUAUUUACAGUAAAUGCCAAAAGUGUUUUGACAGCGUUUUAGGAGAUUUGCCUUUAUACACCACUACAAAGGAUUUGAAAUAAAAUGUCAUGCUUUCAGCUUUAUUUUGAGAGGUUUCACAAAAAUAUGGCAUUUGCUAUAAUUUUUUGCACAUACAUCCUGACAAUUUUACACAUUUCCAGGGACUCAUAAGUACUUAGAUCAACAUGAUAGGAAGAGAAAUGUGCAGAAAAAGAAAGGGACAUUGUUCAAAGUGAAUGUAAAACAUGGUGGAGCAAUGUUACAACAGUAUAUAACAUGGUAAUGAGCAGAACAGAAUUGGUGUUUAUUACUUAUGUGCCGGUAAUAGAAUUAAAAUAAUGCGGCUUAUAAAACUAUAAAUGACUGCUUACAUUCAGACACAUGCUGCAAAAGUGAUCAGAUGGCACUGCAUAAUGAUCAGAAACAUACUGUGAAAGAAACUUGGGCUUUUGAAGGCAAAAAAAAAAUGCAUAUACAGUAUACAAUAAUUCAUCAUCCGUACCACUUACCCUCACAAGUGUAGCAGGCAUGCUUCAGCCUGUCUCAGCUAUCCUUGGGCGAAAGGUCAGCCGAGAACACCUUGAAGUGGUUGCCAGCCAAUCGCGGGCCACAUACAAACAACCAUUCUCACUCACGUUCAUAUCUACGCGCAAUUUCGAGUCUUCAAUCAACCUACUGUUCAUGUUUUUGGGAUGUAGGACCUAACCGGAGUAACAGAAGAAAGGCUACACAGGCACAGGGAGAACAUGCAAACUCUACACAUGUGUGGCCAGAUUUGAACCUGCGUCCUGAGAAUGUGUCACAGUGUACAGUUGGUCACUGUACUGUAUACAGCGGAUUGAAAAUGUAUUAGAUCACCUGUAAUAAGAACGAGAAGACACCAUACAAACUUUGAAUUAGUAACCUCUAUUUACCUUUUUAAACAAGAAUGGGGAAUAUUAGAUGAAUUAUUUUUUUUAACCAUAAUUACAGAUGACUCAAUGGGCUCCUCUGAGAAGUUAGACAUGAAUCAAGAUUUUUCUGUACAGGUUUCAGGGCUAGGUACAAGUAAACUAUGAUAGUUUGUCUAAAUCAGGGAAUACUCAUGUUCUUUCCUAUUUUUCUUCUAUGUUGAGUGAAUUUGAAAAUACACGGAUGACUUUUUUUAUAUUAUCAAAAGUGUUGUUUUGAUGAAAAAGUGUACAUCCUGUUGUAUUAUCCAUUAUGGAAAGACAUGGUUGUUUUUGAUAUGUGGUGUUAAUUGAAGGCAACUGAUCCUUAAAUUGGCUGAAGGUCUAAUACAUAAUUUUUAUGCACUGUAUACAGUCAUCUGUAAUGAACUGAUAAGUGGGCUAGUCUCAAUUGUGCUUGUACUUCACGUACUUAUAAAACUAAAGGCAGACCUGCAAACAAACAGAACGUGAAGGCCUGGCAAAGAAUUUCCAGGGAAGAAACCUUUGGAAAUGUCCAUGGACUCCACAUUUCAGACAGUUCUUGACUACAAAGUGAACCCUCAAAAAUUCUGGAAGUCUUCUUGACAUCUAUCCCAUUGUUUUAUUUCAAAUCCAUUGUGGUGACUGUGUUCACACAAAAUACUGUACCUCAAAUCUGUUAUCCAAACAUUUAUCGAUCUGCAUCGCUGGUCAUGCAAUGCAGGGAAUGUUUGCUUAUUUUGAAACAUCUAAUUACAUUUUGGCUUUUUUUAGAAGCUUGUCAAAAAAGUCAAUUUUGCACUAAUUCUGUCAAGCAUUGAUACACGACACCUAUGAAAUGCACAAGUGCAGAUUAUUACAUUUGAUAUUUAACUGAUAGCGCUACUGUCUAAACUAGAGGUUUGUACCGCUGGUCUCAUCCAUAUAAGGUCAAUAACAUCAGUCACUACACGAAUGUUUACAGAGCUAAUGUGGCUGAGGUCGUGACUCUUGCAACUGUGCUCGCCUCCUGUGCUCAGUCCCCACCUGCUUGUAAAAGAGGUGGUUGAAUAAGCACAUUUUUUUUUGUUCACUUGUAUAAGUAAAAAUGUGCAGAUACAAUGGAGAUGAAUGUGUUUGUUACAUUUGCUAAAUUAUGGUAAUUUGGUUCUAUUUGAUAUUACAUUUGUAUUCUUGUAAAUACCUUGGGUUGAAGUUAAAACCGGUGCCUGACGUGUUUAGGAAGAAUGGUCUUUGUUGCAAACUAUCGUGUUAUCUUGAGUUGUUCAAUUUGCCGUCCUAAACAGUUUGUUGAUUGAAAUUAAGAGAUUCUGAAAAAUACGUGUGAAGUUGACUUCCCUACUGUUCUAUUUGAUUUGUGUUAUGCAUGACCUGCAAAUAUCCAUAAUGCAUUUAUGUAACUUGAAUCCAUACUAAUCGGUACAUACAUUAUACAGUAUGUGUGAUGUUUAAGAGGGCCUAUUUUUUUUGGGUUGGGACAUCAGAACUAAUAAUCUCAAACAGCUUUACGUGUUUGCAAUAUAACACUAAUGUUUACAAUGUCUGAAAACAAUGGCACUCACAUUGAGCUGUCUUUUUUUUAUCAAUGGCAGUGGAAGAAAAGCAUAAUUAUCAAAGCUCAUUCUUUAGGCUUCAUUUUGGAGUGACAACAUUGUGUUUACAUUUUUUGGAUUGGAAUCGAUCACAAUCUUGAAGUCGCUUGUAAAGACGUUGACAGUGACUUCUUCUGUCUAAAUUGAUAAAUACAGGACACUAGUGCCUAAUGCUGUUGCCAUCCACGUGGCAAAGAACUGAUAGAAACGACUUAAAAGACCCAAAUAUUGAUUUUGAUUUUUUUUUUUUUUUUUUUUUUUUUAUUUAUAACGUUAAAGUGCAGCUUUCUGACUUAGCAGUUGUUUUUGAAUAAUGCAUAUGGGAGCAGAGACAGAUAGGUCAUUGACAGUGCCUUCAAAAGUCUUUAAAAACAACUUUUGAAAUCUAAUAUGUCGUAUGAUGUUAAUGUGUGGUGGGUUUUAGCCAACAACAGUUUGGUGGUAAUAUCAACCAUCCAUUAAUGUGGUUCUUUUUAUGCCGUUCUAUUGAAAAUAUUCCCAUUAUGUUGCUUCGUUGUGUGGAUUUUCAACAGUAUUUCUGUACAUUUAAUAAACUGUCAAGAUCAUUACUGUAUUCAAAG